CCGUGUUUUGCGCCACCGAGCUGCAAUUUUUUAAACAUUUUCCUUGCAUAUCGUGAUGACAUGAUAUUGUUGUGUUCCCUAUCUUAGUGGAGGAAAUAUGUUUGGAAUUGGUAGAACUGGUGCAUGAUGCGAAAGAAAUAUUAUUGCUUGCUGAUGGUCAUGCUGUUACUAAAUAGUUCAAAUAACUCUGCAUUUAUUGUUGCACUUCCUGAUGGUUAUUCGAAUAAAGAAACACAAGUUGAAUCGUUGACUUAUGUAGAUAUUCUUACAUGUCACAUGCUAUGUUGUCAUCAGCCUAAAAGUAACAUAAAUGAAACAUCAAUAAGGCAUAAGCCGAACAUCAGCCGUUCAACAAGUAGCUUUGAAGAACGAACUAAAAGUUGGAUUUCACUUAGGAAUAUUUGCAAGAGUUUGCAAAAUUCAAAGUAUUCAGAUUUACAGAGCCAUUUGGAUCCAAGAAGAACAAGAAAAAAUGAUGUCUAUCACAAUACAGUUGAUAAGCAGUUUUGUGCAUCCUGUUUAAACCACCACGUCUUGAAAGCAAACAACUUGGCUUUUUAUCAGAAUUCUUUUUUACGGUUUCCAAAACGCUAUUCGCGUUCUUCUAUUAGUACGAGUGAACAAAAACCUUUGCUGGAUAAAACGAAAAACAUGAUACCCACGUUUAUGCUUCCAGCACUGUACAGUGUGCCUGUAAGAGCAAUAUCUAUCCAUCCAUCUAACUUAAUUCCAUUAUCUAGUGGUAACAUUACCAUUACAUUCAGUCAGCUAACAUUUUUAAAGUAUCAGUUCCACGUGGUACAAAUUAAAUAUGGUGUUAUACAAAUAAAUAUUGGGAAUGAUCAGUCAGAGUGGAAACAAGCAGACUCAUUUACUGGAUUACAAGUACUUAAACAAAAAAUUCGUUACAUUGGACUAGUUGCUCAACCAGAAAGUACUCAUACAUCAUUUACUGAUCGUAUACACAUGACGUGCUUUAGGAAUUCCGAAACUCCUGGUGUUUUAAGACUACUUUUACCAGUUAAUUUUAUUCGAAUUCACAUGACGAUCAGUAUCAAUAGACCACUUUUAAUUCACUUGAGUGCUAUCAGUGAUGGAAUUAAUCCACACCUAAUUGGUGUGGAAGGUCGUACAGCAAGAUUAGACUCAAGAUACUUAGAAGUUAAAGUUGAACCAAGGGAAAAAGAUUCACUUAUAUGGUUUACCCUAACGAAAAUUCCGUUACAUGGACAUUUAUUUCUAGUCAGUCGAAAUAACAAUGAUAACCGCCAGAUGAAAACCAACAAGGAAUCGGAUGACAAAGUUUAUCUUGGUAUAAGUUCGCGAUUUACGCAGGAGGAUUUGAAAGCAGGGAAUUUAUUUUAUACAUUUCGUCGUGUCUUGGACGAAAAUAUAGAACGAAUUUCGGAUAUAAAUUCCAAAAGCUUUAGCCUGACGGAUGAAUUUAAAUAUCGUGUUCAUGUAGAGGGAGCGCAGCCCAAGAGAAUAUAUAAUUUCAGUAUUAUUAUUAACAAAUUACCUGGCACUACUUCCACACCUUCAGUCAAUUUCAGCCCUACAAUCAUAAAUAAAGGUGGUUUUGUAGAAGAAGGUGGGAACCUAAUACUAACACCUGGAUUAUUUUAUGCUCAACAUUCACAAUGCCAAAACAAUUCCAUAAAGAAGUUAACUGAUGGAUUAUUUCAAGAAUAUGAUCUAUACUUCCAAGUUCUCUCACCACCAGAACACGGUUUGUUGUUUAUAAAAUCACCAUACAACUCAUCUGUAUAUAAUGUUAUAAAUUUCGUGGAAUACAGCCAUAAACUCAUCGAUUACAACUUGUUAAUAUACCACCAUAGUGGUGAAGAAGAGUUUCAGGAUAGUUUUCAGUUUCAAUUUCUUUGUCGUCAAAUACCCUCUCCACUCUCAUCAGAUGAUAAUGGUGACAUAACUUCACUCCUAACAGGACUGACACAUGCAUCAUUAAAUGAACAAUUCGGUCAGCCGGUAACUUCUGUUUUCCACAUCAACAUUAUUCCAGUAAAUGAUAAUCCACCGAAUUUAUCAUUAUCACCAUUGUUGGUGGAAUUCAAUAAAACUAACCACACUUUAGAAAAAUCUAUUGAAAUAUCAGAUCGUGACAAAAUUUCAACGAAUGAAUAUUUAAAUAAUAUUAAUCAUGAUAAAUUCAUCCAGAAAAAUGGGAAUUUUUGGAUUACUUGGGAAGAAAAUCGCCACUUCCGCAGAAAUGACCUUUCAUAUCCUGAUUUAGGGUAUUUUAUGCACAGUUUUAAUAGGAUAAUCAGACAUCGUUUUAAAUACUCUGAAGUUUGCAAUGGUCUUAUAAGUUUUAAACAUAUGGGCUUUCCAGCUGGUCAAAUGAAUAUCAAAGUGAUGGAUGGAAAGUUUACUACAUCAAAAUUACUUCCAAUCAAUGUAACGAAACCUGUAUUUCUUGUUUUGCAGCCAAACUAUAUAACGCUUGGUUUGAAUGGAAUGUCUUUCAUACCUAUUGAGGUACUUACAAAUAUUAACCUUGAUCCAAGCAAUGUUCAUAUAAGUAUUGUUCGCUCCGGAUGCUUUGGGAAUUUGAUGUUAUUUGGCGGGAGUAAGCAAUCACCAAAUUGGACAUAUCACGACUUGUUACAAUUUCCACUAUAUUAUGAAUAUAUGAAAGAUCAUGAUAAGCUUGCAAAUAGCAAUAUUGUAUCAUCUAAAAACGCCACUUACAGUCUGUACUGUAAAUUACUGCGUUCAACUAAUAUGGCCAGUGACAACGAUGAUUGGAAUCCUUCCGGAUUAGAUGAAAUUCACUUAUUUUUCCAAACAUUAUAUGCCGGUCGAUCAUUACAACAGGAAGUCAAACUCUCCGUUUUACUAAAUCAAAUCAGCCAAUGGAACAAAGACAUUGAUGGUAAAAAAGGUGAUUUCUUAUUUAUAAGAAAUGAACUGACUGUUGAAAAGGGUAAACAAAUUGCCAUACAGCUGAUAAAUUUUACUGGAAGUGAUAACUUUGUGAACCCUUCGCAAAUACUGAUUAUCGUAGACCAGAUCCCCCGUUAUGGUAUACUCUAUUUAUGCACCGCAAGUUUUAAAAUAUCAACGAUUAAAUAUUUUACAUUGGCUGAUGUUAUCGGUGGACGAAUUAUAUAUGAACCACUGAAAAAUCAACUUAACACAAUAAAAUCUCACUUUAGCCAAAGGUUAUUAGCAAGAGAUUGUAUUAAGUUCUCAAUAAUCGGUGAUCAAAUGGAAUACAUUAUCAAUGACAUGGAACUGAGUCAAAUGAAGGAUGCAGUUAAAGGGCGAUUGCAACAAGUCAUUUGUAUUUCGAUUAUGCAAACAGGUUUAGAUUUGAAGCACUUGAAUUUGGCACUGGAACCAAGAGAUUUUAGAUCAUUAACAGACUCACAGCUGACACCUGUAAUUAGCAAUGAAAAUCCAGUUAGACACGACGAACCAUUUAGAAUGAGCGAACUUAUGAAUUUAGGAAACGAAAAUCAGAAUACUGAAAGUGAAAUGACUAAGUUAUCGGAUAGUUUUUGGAAAAUGGAUUUGUUACACGUUCAAAACAAGAAACAUAAGAAAAAUAUUGAAGAUGAUUACAAAAUAUAUCGCAUAAAAACUGCAAAGAUUCUGUACAAUGUGAGAUCGGGGCCAAAUUUCGGUUUAUUAAUAUCAAGAAAGCUUAAUCGAACUGUUCGUCUAUUUUCUGAUUUGGAUCUGGCUAUGAAUGAUAUUUUAUAUCAUAAUCAUGGGAACGAGUCAGUUAAUGAAGAUUUAGUUGAGUUGACUGCAUUAGAUCUUACAACAGAAACGAUGUCAGCUAAUCCUGUCAAAAUCAAGUUCACACUGAAUGAGAUAACCCCUCGCCCAUAUUUGAUACACUGUCAACCAAUGCGAAUUUUGUCCGGUUCAUCAACUGUCAUUACAACUAAUUACAUAGAUGCAGGAUUAUCAAAUGGAUUUGAGUCAGGUCAAAUUAUAUACGAAAUCUUGCAUACGCAUCAAGGUCAUAUAGCAUUUUUGAAUAAUUUAUCUAUUAGUCAGAGUACUUUUACACAAAUGGAUCUCCAAAAAAGGCGCGUUGUAUUUGUACAUAGUGGUUUACAAAAAGGAAAGAUUUGCGGCUUUGCUUUCGUUUUGACGUACAAUUUACACCGAUCAGAAAUUUAUCAAUUUCAAAUAAUUCCUGGAACAGUACAGCUGGAUAUCAGAAGUAACAAUACAUUAUUAGCGUUUCCUAAAGGAUUUGAGAUUAUUACACCCGACCAUAUGAAUGUACAAAUCAAAUUUAUUGCGCAAAUACCUCCAAAUUAUGAGACAAGUUCACUUAUAUUGAAGGAAGAUAGUUCAGUGAAUGUUUCUUCAAUGAAAUCAAUAUCAAAUGAAUAUGGCAUCGAUAGUGAACUAGGCCUCUAUGUGGUUUACAAAAUUCUGUCUCAACCAAGAUAUGGAUUUUUGAUUAAAUUAAGCGGAACUAAAGGGAAAUUCUUUCAAAAUAGGAAUGAGAGAAUUACAGAAUUUACACAGGAAGAUAUCAGUACAAGGAGAAUAGCCUACGUAUUUCAUCCAGAAAAUUGGCUUGAAGAUAAAAAGCAACAUGUUUUAUUGCAGCUUAAUUCUGAUAUCGAGGAUGAAUAUAUCAUUAGUGCAAGCAUAGUAAAAGGCAAUAUUACUGUAGAUGAAGAGAAUUAUGUUAAUCACAAUAACAACUUGCACAGUGGUGUGAAAGAUAAUAAUCCUAAUAGAAUCAGUGACAUAAUUAAUUAUCAUGAUUAUGCGAAACAGUUAUUGUCCCAGAUUAUAUUUGGUUCAGUUUCUAUAUCCUACAACUACAUAUUGAAAUAUAAUCAAAAUCGUCUGUUGAAAAUACAUCCAUUAGUAGCCUAUAAUGGCCAUGUUGCUGAAAUAACAUCGAGGGAUAUAAAUACAGAUCAAGUGAGAGGACUGUUGGAAAGUAAUGGGUCCGAGAGUAAAAGUUUUAAAAUUGUCAAAACAACUCAACACGGGUCACUUUGGUUUGGAUCAAAACUGGUAGAGACUGGAACAGUUAUCCCUGGUAUAAUUAGCGGGGUGUUAUCAGAAAAAUUUAUUUAUCAGCAUGAUGGCUCAUCGACUAAGGAGGACAGCUUUGAACUACUGAUAUCUCAACUAAAAAGACCGUUAGCAAAUUACGAACAACCUGUUACUUUUCCCAUUCAUAUUGUUCCCAAUGUGAACACAUCACUGAAGAUAAUAUAUCCAACAACUGUAAUCAGCCGGAAAAAUCUAUUUAGUACAAACAAAAAUGUAAUUGUUGUCAAGAAGAAUGAUUACGCGACUAUAACAGAGAAAGAUUUAUUAAUUCAUCAUGCAUUCAUUCAACCACAGUUUAUUUACAUAUCUUUCAAAGUAUUACCAAGAUACGGUAAACUUUAUUACUCGUACAAUUCAUUUAGGCAGGAACAUGAUGCUUUAAUACCGGAGUGCGAAACACUGCAUAAAAUAACUCAAGAUGAUAUUAAUAUGAAAAGAUUAAGAUACUACGCAAAUUAUGUGAGUAAUAAGAAUGAGAAUUCUGAAACUGCUGUUUAUGACUCAGUUACAUUUGAAGUUUACCAGGAAGAAUACCUCGGUCUUCCAGUAAGUCAUCUGAGUGGUACACUACAAUUUCAAAUUAUACCAGGUGAUGUCAUGUUUCAUAAUUCUGUUGAACUCAGCCUUCUACAAAAUGAAACUAAAUUAUGGUUCGAUGCAGAUAUGUUUCAAGUUGAAUCAAGUAAAUGGAAAACUUAUCAGAUAAAUCAGCUAGUGUGGUUUCGUAUCCGACGACUGCCUAAUUAUGGAAGAAUAUUUUUAGACACAAUACCUGUUAUUAGUUUUAAUUAUCACCAACUGAUACAGAAACGUGUGUUUUACGAAAAAACUAACUUUUCUACUGCAAAUGAUUCAUUUAUUGUCGAAAUCAAUGGAAACAUUUGUGGAGCGAAUUUGAAAAGUCGAUCAAUUUUCCUCUCUUCAGACACCGAUAGCUCGCGAAUUUUAAAUCAUCAGUCAUCAAGCCUGGGUUAUUCUCCCAUCACACUUACUGUAUAUAUAAGCGUGAAGUCAAUUGUUUUUAUUGAAACACUGUACAUAACUCCUGGGAAAAUGUCUAGAAUCAAUGCCGCUAAUUUAAAAAUAACUGAGUUUGAGAACUUUAUGCGCAAAUAUUAUACUUCAAACAUACACUCGCCUAAAAACGAGCAAAAGGUCUUGUCAACUUCUAUAUUCACAUUUCCUACUGGGACAGCGUUAAAAUCGGGUAGGUUUUAUACUAACAAUAGAUUAGUUAUUUCAAGUGGUUACCUAGAAGAUAAAGCAUCCAGUUCAAUUAAUAUCAGCUUACAAGACUUUCAAACAAAUAGUGUUUCAUUUGAAGCAUAUGAAGUGGACGAAGAUGGAGCAGGGAUGUAUGAAGAAAUUGUUCCUUAUAUAUUUACUUCGGGUCCUUUCAAUUUCCCAACGAAUUAUUUAGCUUCUUUCGAACCUGUAGUUUCGCAACCAGGCCAUGGCAGUUUUAAGAUUCUGAUGAAAAAUUCAUUAUCUUCCCUACGAGAAAGUAACAGUAGAGGUAGUGACAAUGAAAACCGUGGCGUUUUAUCUCCAUCCCUAGCAUUGUUUCCAGAAAGUAAACUGAAUAUGCUUAAUGAAAAUGCUAAAUAUUUAGGUACAGGCAAAAUAGCGUUUACAAUUGCUGGUCUCGCUUUAUCUUUGGCAUUUAUAUCUGUAUUGGUUAUCUGCGCAGUAGGCUGCUGUAUAUAUAAACGAAAGAAUAAAACAGGCAAAAACCAGAUAAAUACUUCAGAGUCAUCAGAGAAAUGUAUGUCGAAUAAUUUCUCCAUAACAGCAAGUGUAUUGACUGGAGAACCACUGAGAAGUCCUAAUAAGUGUAUAUUGAAGGCAAAUCAUACACAUUCGAAAGUGUGCUUAGGCGAUGUAGCAGGUGUUGAUGUGAAACUGGAUUCCCUUGAGCGAACCAACAGUCCUAUAAUAUCAGUUAAAUCAUCUAAAGUCACAUUCGAUAAAAAGACAAAAAUUGAUCACAUUAUUCCAGCAGAGAUACCAACAAUGUCAACACAAGACUGUGCAUGCAGCUGUGAUUUUAGUGGUGCUGUAAUUUACUGGACAGGAGAUAUGCAAGUCGAUAAUCGAACACCUACUUUCGAUGGCCAUACUAAUGAUACAUUCUACAGCAGCAAUGAUUAUAGUGCCAAUUCCACAUUCCAUCUAAUAUCACCAAAUAGUAUCAUAGCACCCCAACCGGCAAUAAUAUCGUCAUCAGUGUCUUCUAGCGUUUCACCAAUUCAGCAACAGCCUUCACAUCUCACAAAUCCUUUUAUUUUAACCCAUUUACCUACGGAAAGCUUGAAGUUCCCGAGUUUUACUCUUUUAUCUCGACCCAAAACGAUUAGUCCAGUCAACCUAGGUAUCAAUGACAUUAUUUCAGUACAAUCACCUUACAUAUAUGAAGUUCAUUCAUCAAAACACAUGUGCAAUUCUAGUAGUCUAGAGGACAGCUCAAAAGAUGGUAUUACUACAAUGCACAGAAAUCCCGAGAUCACUGAUCAUUGUAAUGUCAAAAAUGUCGAAACACCUGUCGAAUUUGAGUACAUUUCUACUUUAUCAGGUAAUAGUCAAAAGAAAUGUAAAAUAGAUGAGUCAUUUACUUGUGUUCCGACCAAUGUCCGUGAAAACGAUUUCAAUGCUAGUCAUAUAUAACAUACGGCUUAAUGACUGUGAUACUGCAUCAUAGGAUAAACUUGUUUGCUUUUGUUGAAAUAAGUUUACUUCCUCUGAAAAAAGAACCUGGAAUAUACAUAUACACAAUAACUGUUUACAAAGCAUAAUCUUCAUAAUUAAAAUUUUUAAUGGUUUAAGUUCACAGAUUCUACUUUUGUUAAAUUUUGAAGGAAUUUAAUUUUUCUCCAAUUUCCGGUUUUUUAACUCUAUUUGAAUGUAAAUAUUUGUACAUAAUGACUACUUUUUUAAUAAAAUAAACAGCUUUCUAAGCUAAAUAAUC